AGGCUGGCUUUUUGAAAAAUUUUAUUUUAUUUGUUACAGAAAUUGAGAAAAGCAGUUUUACAAUAGAUAAAUAAUAAAUAUAGUGAUUGCCAAGAAGUCGAAGGAAUUAUUUUCACAGAAAGUUGAUGAAAUUCAUUUCACAGAAAGUUUAAGGAAUUCAUUUUACAGAAAUUUCAAGGAAUUUGUUUCACAGAAAGAAAUCAAUAGAUUACAAAGAUCAAAAAUCGAAAAAAAUAAAGAUAAAAAAAAAAUUUAAAGAAACUUACAAAACUUGAUUUUGGUUUUUCGUCUGCUACCAUUCAUAAAAUAAAUUUGAUAAAUAAAUUGUUAUUUUUGAUGUAUGGAAAUAAAAGGUUAAUUGGGUUCUUAUUGCAUUUGUAAUAUUUAGAAUUUUAUGUUGUCAUUUGGUCAAAGCGCAGCACAUACAUAAAAACGAUUUUUUUGCGUUGAGUGUAUUUUUCAGCUUUUUGCUUGUUGUGUGCUUAAGUAAAAAUAUUUUGUUGUGUGCUUAAGUAAAAAUAUUUUGUUGUGUGCUUAAGUAAAAAUAUUUUGUAAGACUUCAGAUCAUUAUUUAUUAAAAUUUUUUUUGUUGUAAAAAACGAUUUUUAUUAUCAUUUUGUAAAAUAAACUUGAAAGUAAUGAUAACUAAAGUAAACAAUUCACACGAGAUUAUCUCAACAUAUGUUCCUAGCUUCUCACACCAACAUAUUUAUAAGGAGUUAGAAAUGCUCCGAGCAGCAACAAUUGUGAUGUCAUUUAUUGUUAUCUUAUUUGGUACAAUUGGAAAUAGUUUGGUAAUACUUUUUUUUCUAUUAAAACGGUCGAAAUUAAAAUCAUUUGAAAUGUUUAUGAUAAGCCUUGGACUAACAGACUUAAUAAAUUCAGUUGUGGUACCGACCCAUUGUUUACUUGAACUGUUUAAUUUUAAUUUCUACUACAUUGGAAAUAACGGUUGCAAAGUUUUGUCGUUUUUAAGCAUAACUUGUAUGACAGUUGCUCCUUUGACUUUAACGGUUGUCUCAGUUAACCGAUUUAUUGCAGUAAAAUGGCCGUUGAAAACUCGUUUCUAUCAAAAUCGAUUUAUACUAUUGAUUAUUGUAUGCACAUGGUUUUUUGCCUCUGGAUUGGGAAGUGUUUAUUUGAUUGAUGGAAAUAUAUGUUUGGUUUCAUAUAAUAUUACAUUAAAAAACAGUACACACAACAAUGUUUUUAAAUGUUAUACGUGCAUGGAACAAAAUAAAUACAUUGUCUUUGUUUUAACCAUGUUUGUAAUGCAAACUGGAAUUCCAUUAAUAGUAAUGAUCAUAUUGUACGCUCUGAUUGUAAUAGAAUUAAGAAAAAACUUUACAUUAUUAAUGACAACAAGAAAUACUUUAAAAACUUGCCUAAUGAAAAAUAAAAAAACUACAAAAUUGGUUAUUACUGUUGUCCUCGUGUUCUCAAUCUGUUUUUUUCCCGUCAACAUAUUUUAUUUGUGGUAUAUGUUCAGCCACUUUACACCGUCAGAAAAAAUUGAAAUUUCAUAUGAUAUUUUAACAAUGUUGCAAAUGUGUAACAGCAUUGCAAAUCCUAUAAUUUACGGCAGGUUUCAUACUACUUUUCGGAAACAUGUAGUCAGACUAAUUUUACCGUGCAUCAACCAUAAAAAAAUAAAAACGAAAAAAGAUAAAAAGCAUUGCAAAAAAUUUGAUAAAAAAAUAACAUAAUCUUUAUGGAAUAUGAAGAAAAAUUUUGAUUUUCGUAGUACUAAAAAUAACCCAACCCAAGUUAAGUACAAUCAUGCAAAAUGACGCACGAUGAUGGACCAUGGUCUUUUUAUGGAGAAAAAAACUAUAUGAUGAUAAAUAAAUAACAAAAUCGAAUAAAAAAAAUAAUUUUUGAUAUCCUUGCGAUUCUUUCUAUUUAAUUUGGUCUAUUACUAUUUGUGGAUUACGUUAGUGUAUUGCAAUUGGUUUACAUUGAUGUGAUUAUGGUGACUUAUUAAAAAGCUAAACUUCACUUCAAAGUUCAUAAGUUCAUAUGUUUAAGACUUAAAGUUUCUAUAAGAAUAAGUAGUAAAAUAUUAUUUGCUAUUUUUCUAAAUACGCUUUCAUUUAUAUAUACAAAUAUAUAUAUACAUA